GUCAGAGCGCCCCCUAUUACUUGGAGGUGGUGCCUUCUGCUACCUAGCUACUAGCCCAUAAGCUACUGCUUUUUCUUGGUUUCUGUCCUGAGUUCAUUAACAAUGGUACAAUUAGUGGGGUCUCUCCGAAAAGAGCUCGCUGACUCUGUAUCCGAUUGCAAUGUGCUGGUGGUCGGAGCUGGAGGGAUUGGCUGUGAGCUCUUGAAAAAUCUUGUUCUCACCGGUUUCAAAAAUAUAGAAGUGAUUGAUCUGGACACUAUUGAUGUGAGCAAUCUGAACAGACAAUUCCUGUUCCAAAAGAAACAUGUGGGAAAGUCCAAGGCACAGGUGGCCAAAGAGAGUGUGCUGCAAUUCUGUCCCACUGCCAAUAUCAAAGCCUACCAUGACAGCAUCAUGAACCCAGAUUACAACGUGGAAUUCUUCAGGAACUUCAUGCUUGUCAUGAACGCCUUGGACAAUCGAGCGGCUCGUAACCAUGUGAACAGAAUGUGUCUUGCAGCAGACAUUCCCCUUAUUGAAAGUGGCACAGCUGGCUACCUUGGGCAGGUGACUGUUAUUAAGAAGGGUCUUACAGAGUGCUAUGAGUGCCAGCCCAAACCAACACAGAAAACCUUCCCUGGCUGCACGAUUCGCAACACUCCGUCGGAGCCCAUACACUGCAUUGUGUGGGCCAAGUACCUAUUUAACCAGCUGUUUGGAGAGGAGGAUGCUGAUCAGGAGGUGUCCCCUGACACGGCUGACCCAGAACUUUCAUGGAACCCUGCAGACACUGAAGCCCGAGCCACGGCAUCUGAUCAGGAUGGAGACAUCAAGCGGGUGUCUACCAAAGACUGGGCACGCUCCACAGGCUACGAUUCCGUGAAACUCUUCAACAAGCUUUUCAAAGAUGACAUUCAGUACCUCCUGACUAUGGACAAACUGUGGAAAAAAAGGAAAGCCCCGCUGCCUUUGGAUUGGCUUGAGCUUCAAAAACUUGCGUGUCCCCAGGAGGUGACUGGGACAGGUCUGAAGGACCAGCAUGUCUUGGGUGUUGCAGGCUACUCGCAGCUUUUUUCUCGCAGCGUGGAAACCCUGCGCUCUAUGCUGGCUGACAAAGGAGAUGGAGCAGAGCUUGUGUGGGACAAGGACGACCCUGCAGCGAUGGACUUUGUGACAGCAGCCGCAAACCUGCGCAUGCAUAUUUUCAGCAUGAACAUGAAAAGUCGUUUUGACAUCAAGUCCAUGGCAGGGAACAUCAUCCCGGCGAUUGCUACAACCAAUGCUGUCAUUGCUGGCCUGAUAGUGCUGGAGGCACUAAAGAUUCUGUCCGGAGAUGUGGAACAGUGUCGCACGAUCUUCUUGAACAAGCAGCCCAACCCCAGAAAAAAGCUGCUAGUUCCAUGUGCUCUGGACCCACCCAGUGCCAACUGUUAUGUGUGCGCAAGCAAGCCAGAAGUCACAGUCAAACUGAAUGUGAACAAAACUCUGGUGCUGGCUCUUCAAGACAAGAUAUUAAAGGAGAAGUUCGGGAUGGUGGCGCCGGAUGUGCAAAUUGAGGAUGGGAAGGGGACAAUCCUCAUCUCCUCAGAGGAGGGUGAAACAGAAGCAAACAACAGCAAGUUCCUGUCUGAUUUUGGGAUUCGAAAUGGCAGCCGCCUGCAGGUGGAUGACUUUCUACAGGACUACACACUUCUAGUUAAUGUGAUUCACUGUGAGGAAUUGGAGAAGGAUGUAGAGUUUGAGGUGGUAGGUGAUGCCCCCGACAAAGCCCCAACCCCACCCAGCUCACAGGAGGAGCAAAAAAACUUUGCAAAUGGCAACAAAGACUCUGCAGAACCGUCCACCUCGUCCAACGCCCCUGCUGAGCAGGAUGAUGUUCUGAUAGUGGAUUCAGAUGAGGAGCCCUCCUCCAGCACGAUGGAUGUUAGUACUGAAUCAGGAGGCCUCAAGAGGAAGCUUCAUGACGCUGAGACUGGCGAGGCCUCAGCCAAGCGCCAACGCCUGGACCAGGCCACGGCUGAUGACGACGACGAUAUAAUUGCGCUAGACUAGUAUGUCUCCUGACCAAUCACCUCUGUGUUUUCAUACGCUGUUUCUCUUACCAAACAUCUGUAAAUAUAAAUGUACAAAAACUGUUAAGUUUGCCUGUUUGUUUUUGUUUGUUUUUCUUUUGGUCAACAGAAUACUGUUUUUCAGUGAGAAAUCUGCAAAGACUAUCACUGUUGGAAAGAAAUGCUUUUGAUUUUUGUAUUUUUUAUAAUGUAUUUGUCAGGAUGUCGUUUUUAGGGAGUCUUUAAAAGAAAUGCAUUGAAUAUGUGUUUUCAGUGUAUUUCACCCAGAUCAAUGCGAAGUAAACGUAUACAUGGAAGGAAUGUUAAAGGAAAUCACACCCAAUCAUUUAUUUGGGUCUAGUAUUGACUACAUUAUUUUGCUGUAAUUGUUGACUAUUAACCACUUGCAGGGUAAUAUGCUUUGUCACAGCUGGUUAAAAGAGAAAUUGUACUGGAAUUUGUUACUUUAUUUAUACAUUUGUCAUACAUGUGGUUUAUAGUUUGAUCCGUCAUAGCCAGAACCUAGAGUUCCCUUAGGGCCAUAUAGAUAAUGAUAAUAAACUCACUAUAACUAGUA